UUUUGGGUCCGGGUUACUCCGACUUCCGGUGUAACUGAAAUUAAAAAUCUGUUUCCCGUUUGCUAAAAUUAAUUGCAUUCGUGCUGUUUCAGAAAAUUAAUGACAGGUUUCUGUUAUCAUGUGAACAUUGAAACCAUAUAUUUAAUCCUUGUUUCGUAACUUGGUGCAUUUUUCUCCACUCCAGUGGGUGUUCUUCGCUAUCAGGCUACAGUACUCCUCUAAGCUAACGCAAAGAUGGCGGAAGACGAGAAGAGCGGUGAGCCUGUGACAGACAAAAACGAACUGCAAAUUAUGAAGGAGCUUGUGGAUGACCUGUAUCAUUUCAGAGAUUGCUAUUUUGAGACUCACAGUGUGGAGGAAGCUGGGAGGAAACAAAGCGAUGUCGCUCAGGAGACAGAAAAGACUUUGAAGAAGCUGGAGGAGAAAGAAGAUCUUUUUAAACACAAAGCGGAGUUUCUGCUGCAGAAGGGCAGGUGUCUGAACGUGGCUCCUGACUUCAGUGCUGUAGCAGAAGAGUGCCUUUCCCGUGCUGUGAAGCUGGAGCCUGGUCUGGUCGAUGGCUGGAACACAUUGGGGGAACAGUACUGGAAAAAAGGAGACCUGAUCGGUGCCAAGAACUGCUUCACUGGAGCCUUGCAACAGAGCAACAACAAGGUGUCUCUACGCAACCUGUCUAUGGUGCUGAGACAGCUGCCUGCGGCCGACAGCGUCGCACAUGGAAAGCAGGUGCUGGAGAGUGUGGACAUGGCCCGACAAGCUGUCCAGCUGGAUGUCACGGACGGGACAUCCUGGUAUAUCCUGGGGAAUGCCUAUGUGUCCCUGUUUUUCACCUGCGGGCAGAAACCACAGUUGUCUCAUCAAGCUCUAAGUGCCUAUGCACAAUCUGAGACCGUGGACAGAGCUGCCUCCUGUUACCCGGAGCUGCAUUUCAACCGAUCCACUCUGUUCCAGUAUGAGGAGAUGUUCAUGUCUGCGCUUGGCGGCUACAGCCGAGCUGCGGCGCUCGACCCGGGCUGGGAGGAGCCUCCAGAGCGGGAGAAGCAGCUGCUGGAGUAUCUGAAGAAAGUCACUGAACUCAUACAGAACAAGGGGAAGGUGAAGGCGCGUCGGUUACGGACCAUGCUCUCAAACCUCAGUACGUCGGCCUUGGGUCCUUGCUCCUCCCCUCAGUUCUGUUCCCCAACAGGCCGUGUCGGUAGCCUGGAACCCCGAACUCUUUCCUCCCUCACGCACGGCCACAAUGUUGGGGUGGCCGCCCUGGGCAAAGUGGUGUUCAGCCUGGCCCCCGAGGGUCGCAUGGCCUUCACGUUUGGCAUGGUGGACAGCGAGGAGACAUGUAUAGUGGUGAUGGUAUACAACACAGCGGACAGCUGGGGCGUCCUGAUAGGAGACACUGUAGCCAUUCCUGAACCUCAAGUCAAGCGACACAGUAUAACACACAAAGAUGAGUCUUUUGACUUCAGAAGUAUACGAGUGGACUCUCCUCUGCUCCUCAUUGUCAAUGGCAAGAAACAAAACAUCCAAAGUCAGAUUGCUGCCUCUGUCAGCUACAAGUCCCAGAGCAAAUGAGCUGAAGAGAGCAGGAGGACCAAAUUUUUUUUCUCUGGAUUUUGAAGAAGAGUUUGGAUCGUUAUAGAAAUGUGAAGGUUCCAAAGUUCGUGCCUGCGUUAUGUGUUGUUUUGUAAAUAGAAUUCAUCCCGUUACUUUGUCUUUAGAGAGACUGUUUGUUUAUAUUUAUAAAUAUUCCUUUUUUGUAUUAUGCUUUGGUAAAUGAAUGAUCCUGUGAUGAUGAAAGUGCGAUGUCAGAAUUGUGACUUCAGUUUUCCAUGAAAGAAAUCCGUUUGUCUUCAACAUGUUGUUUGUGUGUUGUCUUACAAACAGCAGUUUUCAAACAAAUGACACACUGUCUUACUUUCGGUGAAUCUGACACAAUCUACAUUAAUAGAGAAGACUGUAAGGCAGUGCUCUGUAAACAAAGAGUAACAUUGCCAAAGUACUUCUUUACACAAAUAUAUGCUGAAGUAUAGACCAGGGCUAAAAGUUGAACAUUAGAUUUCAGUUCAAUAUUUGUUAUUUUUAGCCAAAAACAUAUUUAUAGUGCAAAAUGUCAAUACUAUGCACUCAAGGCAAAUCCCAGCAACUAAAUUAAUACUUGAACAACAGAACACUUUGUUAACAUGUAUAAAUGAAUGUGGUUAAGUUAGUGUUUCAGAGUCACUAUGAAACCUGUUCCUGUCUCAGUGCUUCUUCAUGAAGGGCCGGCCUCUCUCCCUGGUGGGGGAGCUGAACUGGAAGAAAGUCUUGGCUCCAUCAGCCUCCAGGCAGGAGAAGAAUCUGUUGUCCCCGUCAGGGCCCAUGGAGAGGAACUGAGGGCUUCUCUGGGGAGUUGCCUGCCGAGCCACCCCUGGGUGACACGCAAGGGGUUGACGGAUGUCUCUCAUUGUUUUACUGAGUUAAAUUCCCUUACAUAGACAAUCAGCUCAUUACCCCUACUGUUCUUUCUUGAUGAGCACUUCUUGACAAAACACCUACAGCUGUGUCUUCCUUUAAGCCAUUCAGUGUUAUUCUCUCUGGGCUUCCUUCCUUUUCUCAUUAAUCAGUGCGAGUACAACUGAUUUAAUAAAAGCAUUCAUCUCUCAGAGAGAAAAACACAUGAUCUUUCAUCUAUUUUGCUGCAUAUUAAAGGUUAAUACUUUUUUUAAUAAGAAGCUGACAUUUUCCAAAACCAGCAGUAUCCGCUGUUGUUCAUGUAACAGUUAGUAUAAAGCU